AUGGCCAAGAAGAAGAACAAGUUGGCGUCCCUCGAAGCUGCGAAGGCAUCACACAAGAGCAGCAAGCGAAAGAGACGAGAGGUACAGGUGGUAUCCUGUCCUGCGGACUUUCCCGUUUCCGCAAGAAAAGCGGCUGAAAAAUUGAAUACGCCACCGACGAGUGAUCCCUCCGACAACAACAACCACAAUAGACGGAAACUACUGGAUUGGAAUGACACUGCGCAUGAAAUCCGCUCACUCGGAGCAACGGCGUUUGUAGGCCAAGACAAACGAAGUUUUGACGACGAACAGUAUGAGUUUCUCACGGGACGUAAAAGAAAAAAGCACGCUGUUCCGCUCCCAAUUGUCCGUGGCAUAAAAAAGGCGGCGGCGAAGCGGACAGCCAGACAACUUCAAGAGGCCAGAGACUCGGGUACUGUCUUGCCAAAGAGCAUGACCAAGAAAAACAAGAAAGAACAAUCGGAUAAGACUGCACAGAUUCAUGGACCUGCCCCCAGCGUUGGGUUUAUGAUGAAAGGUGUGCUCAAGGUCAAAGCACCACCUUGA